AUGGCGAGUCCUAAGAAAAAAGGUCUCAUAUCUCAUAUGAAUGAGUAUGAAGUGAUUGAAUCCAAAAAGAUUAAUGAGACGCACAGUGCUUACAAUGUAAAAGCGAGUUCACUAUUACCCGGAACCAAAGCGGACGGUCUGUUUGGUAAAACCCGACAAAUCAUUGGACUCAUUCCUAUAGUCAACAGUGCUUUGGGCACAAAGUGUUGGGACGACAUCGGGUGCUUUUCAGCCAUGAAUUUUUACGAUGCAAAGAUCGGGCACUUUGCCAUACUACCCAUGAGUCCCUCGCAAAUUGCCCCCAAAUUCUACCUGUACACAUCCGAGUCACGCAAUCACUCGAUUAUAUUUCAGUAUAAGUUUAAUCCCAAGAAAUUCAAAGACACCACAUUUAAUCCUAAUCAUCAGACAGUGUUUAUUAUCCACGGGUAUGAAGAUGGUGUCGAACAGUGGAUGAUUGACAUGAAAAACAGUUUGUAUAACACGACACCACCACAGGAUCAGUAUAAUGUUGUUUUGGUUGAUUGGGAAAAGGGUGCAAAACAGUUGGACUAUUUUCUGGCGGCGGCCAACACUCAAGUGGUUGGGGCUAUGAUUGCAUUCUUCGUGAACCGUAUCUGUGAGCUGACGUACGGACGGGAAGUCAUAAAUAAUGAUAACUUCUAUUUGGUUGGACACAGCCUCGACCCCGCGGGACCGGAUUUUCAAGCCAACAGCACUAAUAUAAGACUGGCCUAUACUGACGCCACGGAAGUUGAUAUCAUUCAUACAGAUAUGGCUAAUAUUGUUAUUAAUGGGUUUGGACUCAAUGAAACUAUAGGUGAUGUCGACUUUUACCCUAAUGGAGGGUUUGAACAGCCUGGUUGUCCACAAUCUGAUAUGAUUGCCGAUGUAAUGGCUGGUCAUUUUCAGAUCACCUGCGCUCACAUUAGGUCUCAUGAUUUGGCCACUUAUUUGGGUAAACCCAACAGUUUGUGUCAACCGGUGGGCUAUGAGUGCGAUUCGUAUACAACAUUUGUUGAGGGCCGGUGUGGCAACUGUGAGGCCGAUGCCAAUAACAUAACUAAGUGUCAACUCAUGGGUCUGUAUCCGAUUGCAAUCCAUGUGACUCCCGAUUCGGAAGCCGGUGCAAGUGGACAGGUAGCUAUCAAUAUAGGUGCUGAUCAUGGUUUACAAAAGGAUACAAAUCUGACAUUUAUAAGGACGAUGUCAUUCAUAACUCCGGGAAGAGUCCACACAUUAUUACUGACAUUCAGUGAACCCAUUACUGCAAUAAAGAGUGGUUUCUUCAGUUGGUAUCGAUUCCCGGGCUUACAGUUCAGUAAAGAUAGAGAUAAGGGAACGAAGAUUGGCAUCAAUUUCAUUGAAAUUAAUUAUUUGAGUCAUUCAUAUGAACAAAUACGAAAAGACAUGUCAGCGCUAUUGUGUCCCAUUGAUAACCAUCCCAUAGUACCCGACGGUCCCACUCUAUACUUUAAAUUAUGUGAGAGUACGGAUGGGUUGACCAAAUCGGCUCUUCAGAUGUCUUCAGCAGAAUUAAAGCCAUUUACAAACACUUAUGACAUAACAUCUGUUGAUUAUGACGAUCGGUUCCUAUUGACUGAUAAACUAACCAAGAUCCCAUCAGAAAACCCCAAUCAAACAACAACUGCUAAACCUAAAUCUCGGACUAUUUUUGGUUAA